AUGUCAACCCCGGCUCGGAAACGCCUCGUCCGUGACUUCAAACGCCUGCAAUCGGACCCACCGACUGGAAUUUCCGGCGCCCCGACGGAAUCGAACAUCAUGCUCUGGCACGCGGUAAUGUUCGGCCCAGAGGAUACGCCCUGGGAAGGCGGGACGUUUAAACUGACGUUACAGUUUACCGAGGAGUAUCCGAACAAAGCGCCGACGGUGAAGUUCGUGACGAAGAUGUUCCAUCCGAACAUUUACGCGGACGGGUCGAUAUGUUUGGAUAUUUUACAGAAUCAGUGGUCGCCGAUAUACGACGUCGCCGCGGUGUUGACGUCGAUACAGAGUUUGUUGUGCGAUCCGAAUCCGAACUCGCCGGCGAAUAGCGAAGCGGCGACGUUGUUUCGAGAUUCGGUGAGGGAGUAUAAUAAGAGGGUACAGUUGGUCGUGGAGAAUUCGUGGAUGGAAUGA